GGACUUUGCCUGAUUUGCUGCACUUGAGUGUGGACCUGAGCGCUGAGUAUCUCGGGAGAGAAUCCAAAGGCCGGAGCAUACACUGCUUUUUAAGAGACGCCUUGUUUCCCUUGGCUCAGGAGGAUCUGCGCCCCCGCCCAGGAGGAUGGAUCUGUUGGCUCUGCUGUGGCUGCUCCUUACGGCUUGCAGCCUCGACCAAGCUCAGGCUGUGAACCCCUUUGCAGUGCAGCAGAACCCGCCCGACCCUUGCUAUGACGAGAAAGGGGCUCCCCGACGCUGCAUCCCGGAGUUUGUCAAUGCUGCCUUCGGAAAGGAAGUCCACGCCUCCAGCACGUGUGGGAAACCUCCCACCCGCCAUUGCGAUUCUUCAGACCCCCGCAAAGCUCACCCGGCCUCCUACCUCACCGACCUCAACAACGUGGCCAACAUGACCUGCUGGCGUUCCGAGACCCUGCACCACUCCCCCCAGAACAUCACCAUCACCCUCUCCCUGGGCAAGAAGUUCGAGGUGAUCUAUGUGAGCUUGCAGUUCUGCUCUCCUCGUCCCGAAUCGGCGGCCAUCUUUAAGUCCAUGGAUUACGGCAAGAGCUGGGUGCCAUAUCAGUAUUACUCCUCCCAGUGCCGUAAGAUCUACGGCAAAUCGAACAAAGCCACCGUCACCAAGCAGAAUGAGCAGGAAGCUUUGUGCACCGACGGGCAUACGGAUCUGUACCCGUUGACCGGAGGGCUUAUCGCCUUCAGCACCCUGGAAGGGCGCCCCUCGGGUCAAGAUUUUGACAACAGCCCUGUUCUUCAGGAUUGGGUGACAGCGACUGACAUCAGGGUCAUUUUCAGCCGUCCCCAUUUGUUCCGGGAGAUGGGAGGCCGGGACCACGAGGACGAGGACAGCGGGACAAGCUCGUCUUCGUACUACUAUGCCGUGGGAGAGUUCCAGGUUGGGGGGCGCUGCAAGUGCAAUGGCCACGCGUCGCGCUGUGUGAAAGACAAAGAGGGCAAGCUGGUGUGCGACUGCAAACACAACACUGAAGGGCCCGAAUGUGACCGAUGCAAACCCUUCCAUUACGAUCGUCCGUGGCAAAGGGCCACAGCCCGGGAGGCUAAUGAAUGCUUAGCCUGCAACUGCAACCUUCACGCCCGCCGCUGCCGAUUCAACAUGGAGCUCUACAAACUCUCCGGGCGGAAGAGCGGAGGCGUCUGCCUCAACUGCCGUCACAACACUGCUGGCCGGCACUGCCAUUACUGCAAGGAGGGCUUUUACCGGGACAUGAGCAAGUCCAUCACUGAUCGCAAAGCCUGCAAAGCGUGCGAUUGCCACCCAGUUGGCGCAGCUGGAAAAACCUGCAACCAGACCACCGGGCAGUGCCCGUGCAAGGAUGGCGUGACGGGGUUAACCUGUAACCGCUGCGCAAAGGGCUACCAGCAGAGCCGUUCGCCUGUGGCUCCAUGCAUCAAGAUUCCUGCCAUCAACCCUACAUCUGUCGUCACAAGUACAGAAGAACCAGCAGACUGUGACUCGUACUGCAAGCCAGCCAAGGGCAACUACAAGAUUAACAUGAAGAAAUACUGCAAGAAAGAUUACGUCGUCCAAGUGAACGUCUUAGACAUGGAGACGGUGGCCAGCUGGGCCAAGUUCACCAUCAACAUCCUCUCGGUCUACAAGUGCCGAGACGAGCGGGUGAAGCGGGGCGACAACUUCCUGUGGAUCCACAUGAAAGACUUGGCCUGUAAGUGCCCCAAGAUCCAAAUCAGCAGGAAGUACUUGGUGAUGGGCAUCAGCGAAAACCCCGCUGAGCGGCCGGGACUGAUGGCUGACAAAAACAGCUUGGUGAUCCAGUGGCGGGAUGCGUGGACCCGGCGCCUCCGGAAACUGCAGAGGCGAGAGAAGAAGGGGAAGUGCUUGAAACCGUGAUUGGCUCAGGCCCCGUCUGUUAAUAUGUGCCUCCCUUGCCUAUUGGAUCCCUCUGCACUCCAAUCAGCAGACUGUUCUGAGAGACUCUGUACAUAACACGUUAUCAUGGAUGGGCUCGCCUAUGUAUAGUGUAUAUUUUGGCAAUGAUUCCUUUGGGGAUGUGUGCGUGUGCAUGAGUGCAUGGGUCCUUUUUUUAAAAAAAAAUGUUUAUUAAGAGUAACACAGUAAUGACAAACCUUUAACAAGGAGCGAAGUAAAGGAAAGGUCAAUUCACGGAAGAAGCUUGGAAGAAGGAGAAAGCGUUGCCCUUCUCUGGACGGGACUUUAUCGGUCCUUUAUUUUUACACCAUUUUGGGUGCUGUUCCACGCCCCUUGACCCACACAGCAGCUCCCGAUAGUUGAGAUUUCUAGUCUCCUCAAACUGAAGCCCUCAGCCACGUUGUGAGAUGGACAAAGAAGGCUCACCUUCGAUCUUUACUUUGUUGCUUCCCGGUUCUCGGGAACUGCCUGGGUAGUUGUACGAGGAAUUGGAGGGCACCUGAGCAUUUUCUUCUCUCUCUCUCUCUCUCUCUCUCUUUUCUGGGCGAUGACUUGACAAUCUCAGUUUCCAUUGAAAAAUGUAAUGCCUGUGGAUUUGGCCCUUCCUAAGUGCAUGAGAACCCCUUGAUUUCCAAAUUGGGACUGUGAUGUUUUAGACAGGGCUGAACAUCAUGGCAGCGUAACUCAUUCCCUCAGCCUGGACACACCCCAACAAUAAGUGCCCUUCAAUACAGUGGGCUGAGAAACUCAUGGAAGACGCCUCAUCUUAGCUGUCUGAUCUCCCUGCCCGCUCUUUCUUUCUCUCUUGCCUGAUCUCCUAUUCUGCAGUCUGGCUCUAGAAUUGCAAGACCUUUUGUGAUAUCAAAGCACGUGGGAUCUACCUUGAGCAUGAUUUGCUCAGCUUCUCUGACGUCACAGAAGGGAUUUCCAAAGGUGCCAUGGCUGCCUUUUGGCUGCCAUUGGCUCAGCUGCUCUGAUGUCAGACGGAGAACGGCAAGGGUAUAGGGUCAGCUGACAGUGUAGGCAGAAUGAAGAAAUCCCAGAGUCUGAGAUUCACAAGCAACCUAAGGUUGCUAAAUCAAACAUUAGUGUUGCCUUUCUAUUAACAUGUUGUUAGUCGGAUUUUUUUUAAGCCUAUUUUAUAUGUUUUUAAUAUUCCGGCUUAAUAGCAGCUGCUGUUUGAUGGCACCAAAGGAUAAUAACAACUGCAACCUA